GGCAAUCUCAAAACCCUUAGGACACAAUUCCAAGCAAGAAUUCUUUCUCCCCCAAAGAAGAAAAAUAAUGAAGAAUUAUCAAAACCAACCAUUCUCAAUAACACCAAACCUUAACCUCCUCUUCACAUCUAAAAAGUACCUAAAUACCAUUUUUGUUUAUUUCCUCGUACUUUCUUCAGGUUUAGUCUUUGGAUUUUCCUUUAGUUUUUACCUCAAACACAAAAUUCCCACUAACUUAUUGCCCCUCAAGUUUUACGCCGUCCAGCUACCUCCGGCGUCGGAACUCACCGGAACCCUCCCACCGCCCCCGUCUCCGUCGCCACCGCAAACCUCUGUCACCCUCCCGGAGAAUGCGGCCGCCGCGGAGCACGAACGGGUUGAGGCGCCCACGGGCGCCAUGCACGGGCUGAACGACGCGGAGCUGAUUCGGAGGGCGUCGAAGGCGGGUGGUUUUCCGUCGUCCGGGAAAACGCCGGCGAAGAUCGCCUUUAUGUUCCUGGCUAGGGAAAGCUUGCCUUUGGCUCCAUUCUGGGAGCUUUUCUUCAGAGGCCAUGAAGGCCUUUAUUCCAUAUACAUUCAUUCUCAGCCAUCCUUCAAUGGAGUUGCGCCUCAUGAGGGCCCCAUCUUCCAUGGCAGAAGGAUUCCAAGUAAGAACGUAGUAUGGGGAACAUUUAGCAUGAUCGAAGCGGAGCGGCGGCUGCUGGCCAACGCCCUGCUCGAUAUCUCCAACCACCGCUUCGUUCUCCUCUCGGAAGCCUGCAUACCUCUCUUCAACUUCACCACCGUCUACGAUUACCUCAUCAACACCAACAAAACCUUCGUCGAGGCUUACGACCAGCCCGGCGCCGUCGCCCGCGGCCGUUACAACCGCCGGAUGCGCCCGUGGGUCACCAUCCAGCAGUGGCGGAAGGGGUCGCAGUGGUUCGCCAUGGACCGGGAGCUCGCCGUCGAGGUCAUCUCCGACGAGAGAUACUGCGCUCUGUUCAAGCGGUUUUGCCGGCCGUCGUGUUACUCCGACGAGCACUACAUUCCGACGUUUGUGACCAUGGUGUCGCCGGGCAGGAACUGGAACCGGACGUUGACCUGGGUUGACUGGUCAAAGCAGGGCCCCCACCCUGCGAAGUUUGGGAGGUACGAGAUCACCGUUGAUUUCUUGGAGAGGUUGAGGAACGGUAGCCGAUGUGUGUAUAAUGGUAGGGUGAGUAGGGUUUGUCAUUUGUUUGCUAGGAAGUUUUCUCCCCUUGCUUUGGAUAGGCUAAUGAGGUUUGGUCCCAAAAUCAUGAUGUUCAAUUCUAAGAAAUGACACUGUAUUCAAAGUGGACAGAUUUCUUAUGCAAUGAUAGUUGAUCAUGUCUGCUAAGUCACUAAGUUGCUG